GAACAUUUUAAUUUUCAGUCGUUUUCUGGCAAUUAAAAGCGAUCACAAGUAUCGAACUUCAAUUGCCAAUUGCCAAUUGCGUGCAAGAACCGGCCGCCUCCCGCCUGUCAAUGGAGACUUUUGCCACUUUGGACCAAGUCCUCCUCCUCUGUUAUGUCUUUAAUCUCUUCUUCCAUCCCUGUCCAAUAAGCUUCUCUUCAGUCAUCCCUUCCCUUCGCUUCAAAACCUCCACAAUUUCUACGGACUUUCCCAUAGAGCAAAGGCCUCCUUCCCAUCUCGCUGCUGUUGUAUGAUCGCAACUGAUGGAAUAAACUAAAAGCAUAAACAAAAAGGACUGGCUCUUCUUCUUCUUCUUCUUCAUCCGAAGAUGAAUUCCCACCUCUUCCAAAGCUCUUAUCUUGCCUUACUGAUGAUUCUCCUCUCCGUCCAUUUUCCGUCGUCAUCUUUGGCUGCCGAUGAUGAAAAUUUUAAAACCUGCAGCCAGCCCUUUCCGUGUGCAAAUUUCAAGGAAGUAAGAUAUCCUUUCUGGGGAGGUAACAGGCAAGGGUUCUGCGGCCACCCCGGUUUUGAGCUGAAUUGCGGAGGCGAAGCCCCUAUUCUCACAAUUGAGUCCAGAUCAUACCGAGUUCUCGCCAUAAAUGACUCGUCGCCAGACUCGCCGCCCUUUCUCCAAGUCGCUAGGGACGAAUUCUAUGAGACUAAUUGCCCACAAUACCUCUACAACGCUACCCUGGACACCAAUUAUUUCGACUAUGCCGCGGACACAGAAGACCUGAUGCUCUACUAUGGCUGCCAGGCAUUUCUUGGUGCUGCGGCAUUAUCCAACAAGUUCAAUUGCACCGUCAACGACAGCACCACUCCUAUCUCCAGUUUCUUUUUUCUGCCCGGCUUGACAAUAAGCAGCUCUUGCAAUACCAGCGUUAAUGUGCGGGUUAAUCAAAUAGAGGCUCGGAGCCUAACCGACAUUUCAAAAUUAAGACAAGUUCUUGAGAGGGGUUUUGGGCUGCAGUGGGAAGCCAACAACACACGCUGUAGGGAGUGUGUCCGAAAAAGUGGGGCAUGUGGAUGGAAUUCUACAAAUGGUUCAUUUGUUUGCUAUUCUGGCCCAACUGGGAAUGAAAAUCGAUCAUCAUCCGGUGAGAGGACUAUAGUAGUUCUGGUAGUCACAAUAACAGCUGCGAUCCUCGUGAUAAUAAUAUUUAUUUACUUGAUCAGAAGACGUCGCAUGUCAUUGAUUGGCAUGCUGGGCUUAUGGAAGAAGGAAAGACUAGAUGAUCAAAACGUUAAUGUAUUUUUGAGGCAUUACGGGUCUCUUGCUCCAAUGCAAUACAGGUAUUCAGACAUUGCUAAGAUGACCAACUCAUUCAAAGACAAAAUUGGCCAAGGAGGGUAUGGCACUGUCUACAAAGGAAAACUAAAUGACAGUCGUCUUGUGGCUGUGAAAGUCCUAAGUAAGACCACAGGAAAUGGAGAGGAAUUCAUUAAUGAAGUAGCUAGCAUCAGCAGAACUUCUCAUGUCAAUGUAGUCGCUCUUCUGGGAUUCUGUUUUGAGAGGAAGAGAAGAGCUCUAGUAUAUGAAUUCGUGGCUAAUGGAUCCUUGGACAAAUUCAUUCACAACGAUGAAUCUAAGAGUACAAACUGUCACCUGGAAUGGAGAACAAUGUACCAAAUUGCAGUUGGUAUUGCACGAGGGUUAGAGUACUUGCACAGAGGUUGUAGCACAAGGAUAGUUCAUUUUGAUAUAAAACCUCACAACGUUCUUCUAGACGAAGAUUUCUGCCCCAAAAUAUCUGAUUUUGGUCUUGCUAAACUGUGUCAAAGAAAACAAAGUAUUAUGUCAAUGCUAGGUACAAGAGGCACCAUUGGAUAUAUUGCUCCGGAAUUAUUCUCUAGAGCCUUUGGAGGAGUCUCUCAUAAAUCAGAUGUCUACAGCUAUGGAAUGCUGAUUCUUGAAAUGAGUGGAGCAACUCAGAAAAUUGAAGUAGCCCAAACAAGCGAAAAAUAUUUUCCACUCUGGAUUUAUGAGCAUCUUGAACAUGGUAAGGAUCUAAGGCUCCAAAGAAUCACAUCUGCAGAAGAUGAAGACACAGCAAGGAAGAUGAUCUUGGUGGGUUUGUGGUGCAUCCAGACCAAUCCAUCAGACCGGCCAGCAAUGAGUAAGGUGCUGGAGAUGUUGGAAGGAAACAUUCAAUCCUUGCAAAUUCCACCCAAGCCUUUCAUAUCUUCUCCUGCAAGGUCUGCACCCUACAGCCAAGACUCUUCCAUGUCAUCACCCACAAUGAAUCAUGUGGUAGAGGUCCCAGAAGGAAGGCUUCAAUCUAUGCCUAUCCCACCCAAGCCUCUAAGCUUUGCCCCUUCAAGGCCUCACCAGACGUCCUGAGACUACUUCCAAGACAGUAUCAAAAAUUUUUUGGAAGAAAAAUAGAAGCUUCUUUCUCUGAGCAGAAGAGUUUCACCGAGCUGCUUCAGUAACAUUUAAAUCCUAUUUUUACUUGUUUCUUUGGCUUCUAAAUGAACCAAUCUCAUGGUCCAGGCACAAUGAUUGCUCCAGAGAACUAAUGCCUAAUUCAUUCUGAUAAUAUCCUAUGUAGUUGACAAAUCAAUUAAGAAAUGCAAGUUGUACUG